GUAUAUUUUUAGGUAAAUCCAAUGAGAAAAUAGCAAUAACUUGCUGAUUGGUAUUGGGUUCUUGACAAUGUCCGGGAUUCAAAUACGGAGUACUGCGUAUGUCCUGAUUGCGGGGGGAGAAGCAUUUUAGAAACGAAGAAACACAGGAAAAUUGCCGGGUUGAAGUGGUAUUGGUAUCAUUCCAAUAUCAGUGUUAGGUUUCGAAUUCUCGUGAAACCGAACAGAGGAUUCUAAUGAUUCUUCAGAUCUGGUGAAGCGAUUUUUUCGCUUCAGCUUCGUUUUCCGGGUUGCACAAUACAGGUCUUUCUUUGUUCAACCCGGCGCCUUAACUGAUUUGUUAGAUGGUCUGCCCAGUAUUAUUUUGCAAGAUACACCGUCAGUAAAUUGCUUAAGAUUUCUCACUAUACUGGAGAUUCUGCUUGGCUUCAAUCAACCUUAUGGGGGAGUGGGUGAUAGGAGCAUUCAUCAACCUUUUGGGUAGCAUUAUCAUUAAUUUUGGAACCAACCUCCUUAAAUUGGGUCAUGAUGAGAAGGAAAAGCAAUCCAUGAUGGGCACUGAAGGAGCAAAUGUGAAGGUUGCAAUGAAACCCAUAAUAUAUUUCCAAACUUGGAGAGUUGGAGCUCUUUUCUUUGCUGUUGGGAACUGUCUAAAUUUCAUUUCUUUUGGAUAUGCUGCUCAGUCAAUGCUAGCAGCUUUGGGAUCUGUACAAUUUGUUUCUAACAUUGCAUUUGCCUACUUUGUGUUGAACAAAACAGUGACAGUCAAAGUUAUGAUAGCUACCACUUUUAUUGUUCUUGGAAACAUCUUUCUUGUUGCUUUUGGUAACCAUCAGUCACCUGUUUAUACACCAGAACAGUUGGCCGAGAAGUACAGCAAUAUUACAUUUCUUCUGUAUUGCCUGAUUUUGGUGGUAGCAGUUGCUUUUCUUCACUCAAUGUACAGGAGAGGGGAACUGCUGAUCAGUGUCCCGGGAAACAACCUCAAGCCCUAUUGGCAGAUGUUGCUUCCUUUUUCAUAUGCAAUUGUUUCAGGUGCUGUGGGGUCAUGCUCGGUGCUAUUCGCGAAAUCUCUGUCAAACCUGCUUAGAUUGUACAUUUCCAGUGGUUAUCCACUGCAUAGCUGGUUGACAUACUCCAUGCUUCUAUUAUUUCUUAGCACAGCUGGAUUUUGGAUGGCUCGGCUGAAUGAAGGACUUGCACUGUUUGAUGCAAUCCUUAUUGUGCCCAUGUUUCAGAUUGCGUGGACCUUUUUUUCUAUUUGUACAGGAUUUGUGUACUUCCAGGAAUAUGAGGUAUUUGAUGCUCUACGAACAACAAUGUUUUUGCUUGGAAUGACUUCUGUAUUCAUAGGCAUAUCUUUGCUGGCACCAGAUGACUCCAAAGGAGGUGAAAGCAAGGAUAGACCUCUAGUUUCUGAUUUGGAUCUGACCCAUGAUGUGGAUAGGCUUGUUGUGCUAUCAGAGGAUUCUCAAAUUCAAGACCUGAGAACAUUUACACGAGUAAUGCUGACAAAAGCUGCAAGCCUGAUUUUGAAAGCAAAGGCUGCAUGUUCAUUACCAUUAGGUUUGGGCAAUAACUCACUUCAUGGAUCAUCGGUUUUGGUGAUGCCAAUGGUAUCGUCCAAAAUAACUGGCUUUCGAGGAAGCGGGUUUGAUCAGAACAAACUAUUUUCCAUUAGAGGUCAAGGUUGGAACAGAAUAUCUUUGGAUGAGGAUAGUGAGACAAAUUUGGAGGCAGAAGCAAUGCUUCCCAAGGGUGUUGUGGGAAGCAGUAGCUUGCUUACAUGAUACUUGUGAACAAAAUGAUGAAGGUUGCAAUUUCUUCAAGUGGGAAGAUGGAAUUGAGGCAAACCCAUCUCUUGAAGAUGAAGAAGUUAACAUAGUUCAGAAGCCACAAAUCCGAAUUGAGCUAAAAUUUCAGAAUAGGUAGCUCGAAGAAAAGUUGAAGAAGUUGCAAGUGAAAAAUAAAAAUUUGAAAGAAGAAGUGAAACUGAUGAAAAUUGAAGUUGACGAAAUGCGGAUUGAAUACUUCAAGUGUUUAGGAAAUGAGAAGAAAUACUGCAUCAGUCUAAUGUUGUCAUGGCUUUUUUGCGUUGUAUAUAUGUUCUUCAAAUGAUGUUGUGGUUGGUUUAGUAUCCUCUAGUAUGUAUAAUAUAUUGGUCUAGACUUAUCAACAUGUGUUUGAGUAUUGAUGUAGAGUUAUGAAUGUAUGUUUUUGAAUAUUGGUUAAUAUAUUGGUGUUC